GUGGCGACAUGGAUAUCAACAGGGUUAGCAAUUGAAGAGGCUCAGAUUGCAUUGCUCAUUGAGGUCCGAAGGAUCGGAAGAAGAUCCACCGAGACACAGAGAUUAGACAUCGCCCGUCAAAGAGAUCGGCUCCAAGGCCAGAUAGAUGGAUUUGCUCGGUCUGCUCUAACACAUCUCGGGGAGGGAUUUGAUGCAGAUGAUGAACCUAAAGACUUGGACGUAGACAUUCUAGAUGAUCUCAAUGAUGACCCGGCGGAUUUCACAGAGACAUCUCACACAUGGACAAACUCUCCCGAGCUAACUGUAAUCCCAUUGCCAUCAAACCUGGGGGUUGAUAGAUGCAGACGAUGCAUGGCAGAGGAUCUGAUUCCCCUGGAGAUGUCGCUUUGUGAAGGGCAGGCCAAUGAUGCCCUUCACAAUCUCCGCAUUUACCUUUGCAACAAGGCCAUCCUGUUCCAAACAACCGUUAGGCAGGCCAAUUCCCAGGCCCUGAAAACUCGAGCUUGGUCCCAGGUGACGUUGGUGCAGCAGGCAGUCUCCCUCCAUGCCAGCAUAUAUACAAAGACAAGGAAGCAAAUGAUGAAACUUGAGCUGGGGCAAGACCAGCUUCAGAAAUACAAACCCCUGCUUCGCGAGCAACUCAAAAUCAGCACUGCAGUGGGCGACCCAAAUGCCCGAGGUCAACGAAAUGAAUCUUUGGCUUGGUUUUGGUCUGUUGAAGUCGACCUCGGGGGUCCUGAUCAAUCGUGGAAUGAAGAAUGUGAGUUCCUGCUUGCAUUUUACCGAGUCCAUUGGCUGAGGGCAAAGGCACUACGGGAUCGAUGGAGGGAAGAAAUGCUAUUGGUCACAUUGGAGAUGGAUUGGACAUGUAAGUUCUUUUUGUGGAAAACAACCAUAUGGGGCGAGCACAUGCAGGAAUCAUUGGAGAAACGACUUCCGGGUCACGGAUGCUACGCCGGAAGGCAAUCCCACAUGUAUUCAUUGCUGGCACAGGAUGCGCAGGCAGCUUUUCAAGACCUACAAAACAUGUUGAUAGAGGCUGGAGAUGAAUGA